GUCGCAGCCGUCUUGCCCUGACUGACACAGCAGGAUUCCAAAUUCCGCAAAUAGCGGAUGAGUUCCGAGCUAUCGAUGACUGGCUGCUGUCCACAUUUCUGAAUCACGACGCGGAUGCCCCAUCGGCGCUCGUUUCGAGCCUCAUAAAGACGAGACGAGCCAUCUUUCCACAUCCCGCCAUCUCCACCGCCUCAAAAAAUCCCUGGGACGCGUCGCCGAACGCUCCUACCCGUCUCCGCUGCGUAUAAAAACAUCGUUGAUACUUGUGAGUAGCAUCAGUGCCGCACGUCGCCGCGGACGCGAGGGACGCAUGUGGCGCACGGUGGUACGGCGCGUACGCCCGUACAGUGGCAUUUCUGCAUCGCUUUUAGCCGUCCAUCGUACCACCGCUUCCCCUCUAGCUCCGCCGCUUCCCUUUUCUUUCGUCUAUCCACCUAUAAAAAGUCUUCGCCUGCCCACUCGCACUGCUCACCAUCUCACUUAGGACCAGUAAACAUGGCCGCCGCUCCCGUCACAUCGCGUCUCCAAUGGUUCGCAGCGCAGGACACCAGGAAUGCUCCUGUGCCUACGGAGGAUACCAAGUUCCACCGUAAAACUGCCAUCAUCGCGACCAUUGGUCCCAAGGUCAACAAUGUUGAGAUGCUGGGCAAGCUCGUCCGCGCGGGCGUGAACAUUGUCCGCAUGAACUUCUCGCACGGUUCAUACGAGUACCACCAGAGCGUCAUUGACAACACCAGGAAGAUGGUCAAAGCCACUCCUGGAGUUCGCCCCAUUGCGAUUGCCCUCGACACUAAAGGUCCCGAGAUUCGUACAGGUAACAUGAGGAACGACCAGGACAUAAAAAUUCCCGCUGGCCACGAGUUUACCGUCUCUGUUGACCGCAAGUACUAUGACAUCUGCGAUGACAAAGUCCUCUUCAUGGAUUACGCGAACCUUCCGAAGGUCACGGCUCCGGGCAAGUUGAUUUACGUCGAUGAUGGUAUUCUGUCACUCCUCGUCCUUUCCAUUGACGGCACGAAUGUUCGCGUCCGUGCCAUCAACAAUGGUACCCUCUCGUCCCACAAGGGUGUCAACCUCCCCAACACCCCAGUUGACCUCCCCGCUCUGUCCGACAAGGACAAGGCGGACCUCCGCUUCGGUGUCAAGAAUGGCGUUGACAUGAUCUUCGCUUCAUUCAUCCGUCGCGCCGAGGACGUUCGCGACAUUCGUCAGGUCCUCGGGCCCGACGGCGCUAACAUCAAGAUCAUUGUCAAAAUCGAGAACCAGCAGGGUGUCGACAACUUCGACGAGAUCUUGGCGGAGACCGACGGCGUCAUGGUCGCCCGUGGUGACCUUGGUAUCGAGAUCCCUCCGAGCCAGGUCUUCCUCGCUCAGAAGAUGAUGAUUGCGAAGUGCAACAUGGCGGGCAAGCCUAUCAUUGUGGCUACACAGAUGCUCGACUCAAUGAUGAACAACCCCAGGCCGACUCGUGCUGAAGUCAGCGACGUUGCCAACGCUGUUCUGGAUGGCGCUGACUGUGUCAUGUUGUCUGGCGAGAGUGCCAAGGGUGCUUACCCCCUCGAAUCCGUACUCAUGAUGGCGGAGUGCUGCUUGCUCGCGGAGUCGAUGAUCUGCUACCCUCCUCUCUACGACGAGCUCCGUCUUACCACGCCUCGUCCUACUGAGACUACUGAGACCGUGGCCGUCUCGGCGGUCGGUGCGGCUCUCGAGCAGAGCGCCAAUGCCAUCGUCGUCCUUUCCACGAGUGGGAACACGGCUCGCCUUAUCUCCAAGUACCGUCCUAACGUCCCAAUCAUCACCGUUACCCGUAACGAGCAGACCGCCCGCCAAAUUCACCUGCACCGCGGCUGCUAUCCGUUCUGGUACCCUGAGCCCCGUGGCAUCGAGGCUCACCAAUGGCAGACGGACGUCGACAACCGCAUCCGCUUUGGCCUGCGCAAUGCACUGAAGAUGAACAUCAUCAAGCCUGGCGGUACUAUCAUCGCUGUGCAGGGCUGGAAGGGUGGCUUGGGUCACACAAACACGCUCCGUGUUCUGUCUGUGCCGACCGACCCCGUUGACCUCGAGCAGCAGCCGUUGAGCGGAUGAGUUGCUUUGUGGAUGUCGUUGUAAUUGCAAUCCUGGGGUCGAUGCCAUGUAUGAGUGCAGUAAAUAGAAGUCAAUGUAUAGAUUUUGCUGUG